ACUGCUUUGUCUAUCUUUUUUGUAAUAUUUUUCUUUACAAAAACUCCCCUGACCAACUACUAUUACUAUCUGUAAGUGAUUACAUUAGUCUAUCUAUCUAUGCACUGUAUUUCUAUAAUUUAUACACUAUAUGGGCAGUCAUUAUUACUAUAGCUACUGAUGUCCUGUUGUUGUGUCCGUUGUAAAUAAUAGGUGACUCUUAUAUUCUUCUUUUCUUUUAAUUAUCUGAAACAAAUUCAUUCUGCAGAGCAGCAAUUUGCACAGAAUCAGGGAAGCUAAAGUCCGCUCAUUGUCCUCCAAUUGUUGUUUGAGCCUCUGCACACAUGGCCCGAUAGCCCCAGGCCUCAGUUGGAAUGUAGGUCUCAGCAAGUUCUAUUUAACGGUCCAGAAUGCAGGCUCUGCACAUCGGCUUUCCAGAAGGAAAACCGAGGCCAGCCAUAGGCUGACAGGGGGCGGUCACCUGACCUAGUGGUCAGCGCCAGUGGGGAAUUGUCGUUUUUUUUUCCCUGUUAAAAAGGUUUUGCCACCAUCGACAAAAAACGUCAAAGGGCUAGCUCUUUUGGAAUCCGGCCUAACAGCUCUGUUUGGCUUCUUACUUGCACAGAGUUAUAUCACUCUUGUCAGUCUCUGCAGACAGCAUUUCCGCUCAGAUUCCCUCUCUCUGGUGCCCUCCGCCCUGCUGGUUCAACCUUCAAGAUGUACAGUUUCAUGGGAGGCGGGCUCUUCUGCGCCGCUGUCGCUAAUAUCCUCCUGGUGGUCUCCACGGCGACAGACUACUGGAUGCAGUACCGCCUAUCAGGGGCGUUUGCACACCAGGGUCUUUGGAGGUACUGCAUGUCUGGGAAGUGCUACAUGCAAACCGAUAGCAUUGCGUACUGGAAUGCAACCAGAGCUUUUAUGAUCCUGUCGGCCAUGUCGUGCUUCGCCGGGAUAAUCGCUGGAAUCCUGUCCUUCGCUCACUUCUCCGCCUUCGAGAGGUUUAAUCGCUCCUUCGCUGCCGGGAUCAUGUUCUUCAUCUCCACUCUGUUCGUACUCCUUGCCAUGGCGAUUUACACGGGUGUCACUGUGAAUUUCCUGGGGAAGCGGUUUGGAGACUGGCGAUUCUCCUGGUCUUACAUCUUAGGAUGGGUUGCUCUGCUAAUGUCGUUCUUUGCAGGUAUAUUUUAUAUGUGUGCCUAUAGAAUGCACGAAUGCAGAAGGGUGGCUGGGUCUCGCUGAAAACUGGACACAUCGACUCCACACACCCUCCCCAAACUGAGACUAAACCACGGGGUUUCCAUUCGACACACAAUAUGGAAGAGGAAAGGGCUGUGCAGACUUUACAACCUGCUGUGCAAACAGACCCCCAUGCUGUUCUGACCUUAGGCAUGCACUAAUCCUAGAUUUCUUAAAGAUAUCAAUAUAAAGUAGGAACUCACAUGCAGUUCUGAUUUUGUUUCGUCUUUUAAUAAAAGUAAGAAUGACAUGACUGUGCUGUCAUUUACAUCAAGCAGAA